AUGCACUUAGCUCAAGCCACUACUCGUGAAGAAGCUCUGGUUUUAAUCCAUUGGUUUCAUGCCAAGCAUAGAAAGAGCAGCCUGCAGUUGAUGAAAGAACAUUACCGGUCUCCCAAGGCUAUUCUUGAGUUUCCCAACAGAGGGAGGUAUGACUUGGAGAAUUCCUGCCACGGUUUACUUUGCUUUGUAAAAUGUGGCAAAGAGGAGGAAGCCUUUGUAUCUAAUCCUCUCAAAGGAGAGCCUCUCAUGCUGCCACGGUCCAUAAUCGUGUCCCGCUGGCCACACUUGGACAGGUAUGGAUUGGGGUUUGAUUCUUCAACUAAAAGGUAUAAGAUUGUUCGCGUAUUUUUUCGGGAUUUUGAUCGGGCCAACCAAGGGUACCAGUUGGGUGCUGAGGUAUAUACAAUGGGAACCACAAGCUCAUGGAGAGAGAUCAGCCAAGUUCCUUGUUAUCCUCUUUAUAAAAAGGGUGUAUAUGCAAAUGGUGCGCUGCACUGGCUGGUUAACCAUGAAUUCAGUCCUGAUGAUUUGAAGAGCAUGGUGAUUUCUUUUGACUUCAGACAAGAGGAAUUUAAGUCAAUCCCUCAUCAAGAAUUCUCCUCAAAAGUUUCAAAGUGGUUUGAGUUGGUCGACCUGAGAGGCUAUCUGGGUAUGGUUGAUUUUUCAUUGGGUACACACAUUGAGAUAUGGAAGUUGAAGGAUUACGAGAAGAAAGAGUGGGUGAGAGAGUAUAGAAUUGACAUAAAACCACCACAUGGAGUGCCUAUUAAUGAAUACAUUGAAGUGGUAGGUCUAAUGGAAGAUGGUGAAAUAUUGCUGAAACACUAUGAGACGUUGGUGGCUUACAAUUCAAAGAUCAAUGGUCUAAGAUGCAUACAGAUUCUCAGCGGCGGUCUUCAGAUGGAUACAACACAAGUUUAUGUCUAUACAGGGAGCCUAGUUUCACCCUCGCAGUAA